CCGCCCCGCCAGCGCCCGGGCUCUCCUCCGCCUUCUGCCUUUUUUUUUUUUUUUUGCCCUUUUUUUUUUUUUUACUUUUUUUGUUACUUUUUCCCCUCCUUCCCUCCCAGGGCUGGAAGCGCGACCCGCGCCCCUGAACCUGCUAUGCCAACCGAACUCUCCCGGGCCGUGGGAAUGCACGCCAUCUCCGACCUCCACUCCUCCCUCAGCCUGCGGCUCCGCAGCAAAGGGCCCGAGUACCUCCGCCGGCAGAUGGAGGUGCGCAGCCCCGGCAGGAGGAGCGCGGUGGAGAGGCUGGCAGCCGACAAGGCCAAGUACGUGAAAAGCCAGCAGGUGAUCGGCAGCAGGCAGGAGCCCGCCAUCCUGCUGAGCUCGGCCUCGGAGAGCAGCGGCGAGACCUGCUCGGUGGAGAGCAGGAGGAGCAGCAGGGACCCGGGCGGAGGGAAGCCCCUGGAGCUGGCCGUGUACUCCUGCCGGCCCCCCCUGCAGCACGGCCCCCCCAUCGCCCGGCGCAGCACCCCCAGGAGGCAGAUGCGGCCGGAUUCCCUGGUGAUUUACCGCCAGAAAUGCGAGUUUGGGAGAGGUCAGAGCCAGGACGGCUCACGGGGGAGCUUGGUGAGGAGGAUCUUCCAAGGGUCUGUAAAGGAGAAGCAGCUGGUGGCUUCCCCUGCGAUGCCCAGAGUCAUGGAGGACAGCGGAGCCACCGAGAGCAAAGAGCCGCUCUCAGCAAAACUCGGUGACCAUGAGCCGAGCGAGCACGGAAAAGAGCAAAACCUUGCUGUGAGCAGCGAAGCCCCAGGGGUAUGUACAAAAGAGCAUGAGAGACCCUCCAAACUGAGCACACCUCCCGAGGAGGUCAAGGAGGUGAAGAGAAGAGGUCUCCAUCGCUCCCAGUCAGACAUCAGCUCUCGCUACUCCAAGUCCUUCUCCGAGUUUGAUACGUUUUUCAAGUACUGUGGCCUGGAGCAGGAGGUCAUCGAGGAUCUUGGGAGAGAGAACUUCUCUGUGGUGUACGACAAUGUCUCCUUCAAGGUCCGCAGCAUCAGUGUGGCAACGUCCGAGAGUGACUUCACGAGGCACAGCGGGGACGAGGGGCUGCUGGAGGAUGAACUCACAGAGCAGGUCCCGAGCAGCACCUCCGUGAUCGAGCGCAAUGCUCGGAUAAUCAAAUGGCUGUACACGUGUAAGAAAGCCAAGGAGACUAACAAGAUGAUCCAGGAACUGGCAUGAUGGCUUCUUUCAGCGUGCAUUGCAGCCGGGUGAACUCAAGAAUCCUUGACUUGGAAGUUGAACAAAAUCAGACACAGGAAGAAACUCGUCCCUCAUCUGGCUCAUGAGUACUUUGUACAAGUUCAGUAUUUUAUUAUUGCCUCCUACCCUUGCUUCUGUCCCCUGGCAGCCUCACUCUUGUCACAAGCGCAGGGGUGUCCAAGAGCACUGUGAACUGCGCCCCAGACCACGACACCCAGCGAGACAGCAGUAAACGAAAGCUCCCGGAAAAGCAAAGCGUGGCAGCAGCUGCCAUCCACAAUAACAUUCAGCAUCAGUCUACCGCCCCAGGAUGCCAUUCCGGGCUGUGACAGAAGGUCUGUGUUGUGCAGCCAUCCUUUCCAGCAAUGAAUUCGCCAACAGGGAUGGGGGGAGAAAGUGGGAAUGAAGGGGUAAUGACCUCUGGGUCAGGCGUUUCCUUGCAGGCAGACAGGCUCCACCCGGACUUCAAAGGCUCUGCCUUACCAGGGCUGUUUGACCAGGGCUCAUCCUGACAUCAUUAGAUGUUAUUUGCUUGGCUGGUGAGGACUAACUGUGGCAGCUUUGUCCGGGAUACUUGGCAAACAUGUUGUAAGCUAAAUCCCCGCCAAGCCUCUCUUUCUCUGAGAGCAUUCAAGCCAAAUUGCAAUACCUUGUAUCCAUCUAGUUUGCUCUGUCACACAGCUUGCUCAGGCAGUGGGGAGGAAUAGCCCUUAAAACCCUGCCCAAAAUAUUUUCAGGAGCACGGUUCCAAGAAACAGGUAGUCAAAAAUGCGGGAGGGUUUUCCAUUGCUACUGCCUGUCUGCAGAAUGGUACGAUUCACGUGUACACAGGCCCCUCCACUUUGUUUGCAAUAUGUCUCCAACUCUGACAUUCCAAACGUUGCAAGGUUUGGCAGCUUGUGGUUUAACACCUUUAAUUUUAUGCACUGUGAGUGAGCAGUGGGCUGACAAAAUCAUGUUAGGAAACGGUAUGCCAGGCUAUGUAAGGCCACGCUUCCCUAGCGCGGGUAUGGAGUAGGGCUGUGCUGGGAUGUGCAGGAUGGCGUCCCUGCACUGCAAGGCAAGAUGGCAUUUUAGGGCACAGCUGUGCCAGGUAAAUAUCCUGAUGGGGUGAGACACCCAGGGUUGACAGCACCUUACUCAAUAUCAUCAAUAAAAUGCUUCAUUUGGACUAGCUGAGCUAAAGGUGUUUUAAAAGCUGAUAAAAAGUACUUUAGAUGAUCAGUGUAGUGAAUGGAGCCUCUACAACAAUUCAUGGAAUUUGCUGGCCGUGCCUCAGACACUUACCCCAAUCUGUCAUUGCUUGAUAGAAAAUGUCUUGCACCAAAGCAUUUCUUUGUGGACAUUGCAAACCACAAAAAAAUGCAAGGAAGCCCCCAUCAAAGCCAAAGACAGUUCCCCUUUCAGUCGCACCAGCGCCCAUCUGUAAGAGCUGCCCUGCUGGUGUAACAGUGACUUGGCUCAAGGGUCCUGCAGAGAUGAAAAGUUUACUUUGUGUUACCAUGGAUAUGGUGUCCGGCUUACCUGGCCUGUAGUGUGAAUUGUCCAGAGACAUCAGCUUUCAUUCUCCACGUUCCUCCUGCCCGCACCGUGGCAGUGAGCCCCACUGCUUCUCCUGGCCCAAAACAGCUGCUGGCGCGGCCGGGUGCUUGCAGAGCUCAAGCAAGCACUCGAGCUGCGUUUCUCAAGUGUUUGCUACUCAGUAAAUGCAUCUGGAGGAGCAGAACGGGCGAGGGUGAGCAGCAACGAUUCAAUAAAACACUGGUGGUAGGAGGAACGGUUUCCUAUUUUAACCUACAGAAAUGUUGCAUGCUGGAAGAGUUGCCCUUGAAGCAUUCGUCAAGAGGUUUAGUUGACAUCAGUUAAAUUCACACCAAGAUCGUCCGGGCGGCAUUUCCAUACAUUUUAAAUGUUCUCGUCAGUCCCUGGAUGGUUAGUUUUCAAUUACAGCAACAGUUUGAGAACGCAGGGCAUUUGUCUUCGUUUUCUAGUGUUAUAUACUAAGGUCUACAUGUCUGAAGUUGCCGAGAUAGAUAGAUAGAUAACAAUUUUAAUAAUAAAAUAAUUGUUGAACCCGCUUUACACUUAGGAGAAAACUGAAUAGUUUGUGUGAGUGAGCUUCUGCAGACUCAGAGGGAAGCUAGUACGUGGGGAUUUUUUCAUUAAAUAAUGAAAUUUCCAUGUGUAUUUGUUACAUUAUUAUUAAAGGAUGAUUCUCAGAAAGCUCCAACCCAAGACGCUGCUAAUAUGAUAAGAUUUAUGCACUUAAGGUGCAGGUUUUUAAGGGUCUGGGUUUAUUAGUCAGGAACACAACCUGCCGUAUCUGUUCUUUUCAUGCUCACUUAGCAAGGUGCUGUACCACAUAUUUAUAUGCAUUUGCCAGAGCUAAGGACUGCUUUUCUUUGAAAAUAUGGAUGACUGUAGACAGCUUGGAGUGCAGGAAAAAUCUUCUGCUUCCAAAUCAGUGCCUCGCUACAGGAGAAUUAUUUUGGUUUGUGUCCAAGGAAAUUUUUGGUUUCAUUUUCAAACUUCUGUUUGUUUUUGCUUUUCUAGUUGAGCAACUCUCGAAAGUUAAGAUGGAAGAUGCUUUGCUCGUGAGUUUUCAAUGUUAGGAAGAAAUACGUUUAAUUUGCUUGAAAGUACUGAACAUCAGCCUUUCUCAAAAUCAGUGAAGGCUUUAUGGCAGAGGUUGGUGAAAUCAGAACUGGCCCCAUUCGGAAUGUUUUUUUAAAGCCCCUUUUUAUCUUUAUGAAUGGUAUAAUAGGGUUGUGGUGACUUUCCACAUGGAUAUGUGGCAAAAUUUCCCUGGCUUUGUUCAAACUCUGAUAGGAACCCCAGUCUCUCUGAGGUGUCAUUUACUUCAGAGACGAUGUGGACCUGUCUAAGAUCUUCCUCUGAUAAGCUAUACAUUCCCUUUAUGUAAUAACACCUCCUGGGUAAGCUAAUAACCUACCUAUCCCGGUAUGCCGGGAACGACAGUGGAUGACAAAGUGGAUGACAAAACCCUUUUUCCAUACAUCUUGGGAAUGGGUAAUUUGGUGCUUUUUCCAAAGACUGGGAGCUAGGGCUUCACUCAGCUCCUGUUACUGUUACAUGUAAAGGCUUUUCCUUCCUUCUGCUGGGCCUUUCCAUCAUAUCCCUCAAAAUGAGAAAAACUUGCUAAUGUUAGUCACUACCUAUCUUUUUCCAAAGAAAAAUCUCAAGAUUUUUUUUUUACUGUUUCAUUAUAAAAGACAUGCUUUGGAAGGGAUAGGAUUUUUCAGCUUUAGUGAUAAAUUGAGGGACCAGUGGGGUAUGAACAGAAGUUUUAGCAACAGAGUUGGGUUUCCAGUCCUUUGGGAAGCCUAAAACUGGAGCUGAGGGCAAAGGCAAGUCAUAAAUUGAAUGAUUUUGUUUGACUAAAACUAUGUAAACUAAAGUAGUCAAAUGGAGUGCAAGCGUGCAGUGCUAACUGCUAUUUACGCCCAUGUGUUUCAAGGUGCUCCAGCGCUGUGACAAGGGGCAAUGUCCACGGCUGUAGUGGAACAGGUAAAAGGUACAAAGUCUGGUUUUUAUGGCCUGUAAGCAAGUAUUUGCAAUAAAGGCAUCAGAUAAAGACUGUAACCCUUGCAAUAUAUUGUAAAUAUUACUGUACAGAAAUCUAUAAGAAAUACAGAUUGCUCUAUAAUACAUAUAUUACUUUUGUAAGGGAUAUAGGCCUUCAUGUUUUGUGAAAUCGGUCAAACAUUACAUCGGUUGGGAUUAAGCAGAAACUUUCUUCUGGGAGCAGGUUGUCCUGUCAUUGCCUCCUGUGAAGUUUCUUGCAUCUGCUUUUGAAUCCUCUGAAGUGGAGUACGGGUCAGAUUUGGUAUGGACGUUUCUAAGUUGCUAUGUUUAUAUUCCUGUGAAGGAACUUGUAUACUGUUGAAUGCAUACAAAUAAAAA